AGACCAUAUGUUGCAACCGAUCUUUAUUAUGCUUCUCUGCUGUCGUUCUUUUCUCUUGGUCCUCUAUGUUUUUGACGUUAUUCACUUUACAUGCAUUUUUUAUUAGGAACUGUCAUACGUUCUUGGUUCUUCUUAUCUCUUUUUAUCUGUCUGCACUCUAACUAUAUCUUGGACUUCUGCAUGCAUUUUUUCAGUUGGUGAUGACUUACUCCUUUGCUUCCAGUUUACCAUUGGUUUUCACCAACUAUCUUCUUCCUUUUCCCUCCUUAUUUCAAUUGAUUUUGAAUUUGAAAGUUGUUUUGUAAUGUUGUUUUGAAUCCAUCUGUGAUCUUGGCUAUAAAUAGCUGUAUUGAGUGGUUCUUAUCAUCAGUCAUCUUCGUUUGCAUCUUAAAGGUUUUCUUAGGUUAUUUAGUGUUUGUUAUGGCUUCUGUGUUCGAUGAUCUUGCUAACAUUGAUAGUUCUAAAGAUUCAUGGAAGAUAUUGGUAAAAGUUGUUCAUUUAUGGUCUACAAGGCGUUUCAAUGGUUGUAAGAUCCCCCAUGUUGUUGAACUGGCUCUUAUGGAUUCGAAGGAUUCAGGCUACGAUUUAGAAGACUUUGGUCUAUAAGUUCCAGCAUUUGAUUAAGGAAGGUGGUGUUUACUCCAUAUCUUUCUUGGCUCCUGUGGUUAAUAGUGGUGACUAUAAGACUACAAAGCACCAGUACAAAGUUAAUUUUCUCUCCAACACUGAAGCUCAUCCCAUGAACCAGAACUCUAUCAAUUUUAGUCCUUUCUUAUUUGUUCCUGUCCGUUCCAUUUUGAAUCUCGCUAUUGAUGUAAAUUAUUUAGAGGAUGUUCUUGGAAGUCUUAUUGGAGUUGGGAAUGAAAAGUCUUAUGAGAGUGAUCAUGAUAGUAUUAAGAUGAAUGUCAUUGAGAUUGAUUCAGAUGGUGCUAAGAUCGAAUGUGCAUUAUUUGGAGAGUAUGUGGAUGAACUGAAUCGUUAUUUAAGAUUCGGUGAUAUCUGCAACACAACUGUUGUUAUUCAGUUGGCUAAAGUGAAAACUUUUCGAGGAAAAGUCUGUCUGCAGAAUGUUCAUGCUGCUACGAAGUUGAAUUUUAACCCUGAGAUUGAAGAAGCUCGAAUCUUGAAACAGUUGUAUUCUGAUACUAUUGAAGAUGGCUUUCAAGUUUUGACUCAGAUUCCUGAUAAUUGCAAGCUAUCAUAUGAGGAUGACUUUUUGGUUGUUACUCCUCGGAAGACUAUUCAAGAAAUGAAGUUAUGCGUUGAGAACUCUGUUUGUGUUGUGUCUGGUACUAUUAAAGAUAUUAUCGAUGUUGAUGAUUGGUGGUAUAUUGCUUGCAAAUGCAAUAAAAAAGUUUAUCCUGAUGAGAAGAUGUACUUCUGUGAGAACUGUAAUCGUCAUGUUGUUGUUGUGUUUCAAAGGUAUCGUGUCGAAGUUAGAGUCUCAGAUGAAGUUGAUGAUGCUGUGUUUGUUCUUUUUGAUAAAGAGUGCACCACAUUACUUGGAAAACCAUGUGAUGAGAUGAUUAAUGUAAGACCUGGAUUUUGAUUAAUUUCCGACUCACGCGUGAAUCAGUGUAAGCGUGAAAAGAGUUUGAUGUUUGAGAAAGAUUAAUGAAGAAGAAAGUUCAGGAAUUGCUUGAGGAA